GUCCUCUAUUGUUGUCUCUGCCCACCGAUGCGGGAUGCCAAGAUCUGUCUCUGAACUGGUCUCUCAUUUCUAUCCGUUGUGCUCUCUGAGCCGUCUGCCGCGGUGGUGUACCACAGAGACAGACAUCCAUUAGCUUUGGAGGGAAAAGGAACCAUCUGUCGUCGACAACUUCUGUACGCCGUGUGCGUGGAUGGAGACCGGUAUCUGGGAAUAAGAUGGUGACGGUCAGCCAGCCAUCCAUAGAGAUGGGCACCCAACUGACCCGGUACUCAGUACUUCGCCGGUCGAGCUGGUGGCCUCCCACAACCAGGCUUCACACCCACUGCCACGCUACAGAAUGGCAGCCAACACCCCCUGGGCCAAUGCUGACCAGGGCCGCCAAACCCCCCAGCAGCUCGGGCCUUGGGAUACCCUAGCACAAAGAAGCACGGUAGAAGAUACUUCUCGCAUGUACAGUCGGCUUGCGGAGCAGCAUCAAGUUGUGUGGUGACCCUGGUAUAUGG